GCCGGCGCGGCGGACCGGGGUUCGCGGCUGCCGUCGCCAUGGUGGGCCCGGCUGCCGCCUCCUCGCCGGCCGGCGCCGUCCUCGAGAACGCGAACCCGCUCAUCUACCGGCGCCAGGGCGAGCGGCCCGUCACGGCGCGCGAGGAGGACGACGAGCUGCCCGACGCCUUCGACGACCGGGAGAUCUUCGAUCUCAUUCGGUCCAUAAAUGACCCAGAACAUCCCUUAACUCUGGAAGAGCUGAAUGUUGUGGAACAAGUUCGAGUCAAGGUGAAUGAUGCUGAAAGUGCCGUGUCGGUGGAGUUCACUCCCACAAUUCCACACUGCAGCAUGGCAACGCUAAUCGGCCUGUCGAUCAAAGUGAAGCUGAUUAGAUCCCUUCCUGAAAGGUUUAAGGUAGAUGUCCACAUAACACCUGGGACUCAUGCCUCAGAGUAUGCAGUAAACAAGCAACUCGCUGACAAAGAGAGGGUGGCGGCUGCUUUGGAGAACACCCAUUUGUUGGAAGUGGUGAACCAGUGCUUGGCUGGACGGCCCUGAUGCGCGUGUCAGUGUGAGUGGGGGCAGGGCAUGCUGCAGUUCAGCUCUGUAUCUAUAUAAGAUACUGCCAUACGCUUGUACUAGAAUAAUUGUAGUUCAUUUGCAAUACUGGCUUAAAGAUGUUGGCUUCGAAGUAAAUGUGAAUCUGUAAAACUCAUUAUAAAAGUUAAGAACUGUUUGGGUCUCGAAGAGAGAAUACAUUCAUCAUGUAAUUGUAGGUCUGUAAAAUGAACAUGGAUCUCUUAUAAAGCCAAAAUAGUUUAAAUAAAGGUUUGAAUGAUCCUA